UUAACUUAAUCAUUUCUGUUGUUCCAAAUAGAUUUUAUUGUGUGAAAAAGUGUUAAAAAUGAUUAAAAGAAUCAGACUACAGAACAGAAUAUUCAGUGAUGUCUAGACUGAACAAUGGUAAGGUAGCUGAUAAGCUGUUGCAUUCGGGGAAAAAUUGUAUUAACAAAAAAAUGACGAAUAAUUGUCGGGGCGAUAGCCUAAUUUUGGCACAUGUGGUUUUCAGACAUGGACAUAGGACACCACUUGGUAAAAGUGAACUUUAUCCAACAGAUCCUCAUAACAAUAACACAUAUUUCCCAAUCGGUUUCGGCCAACUCACCAACCAAGGAAAACAAAAAAUGUAUGAUUUAGGCAAAGAACUGAGAAAAAGAUACAAUGGCUUAUUAGGAGACGUUUAUUAUCCCGAUGUCGUGGACGCACGAUCAACAAAAUCAGCCAGAACAAUAGCUUCGUUACAGUAUUGCCUUGCUGGACUUUUCCCCCCCAACGAAUAUCAAUUAUGGAAUAAGGAUUUAAAUUGGCAAGCAAUCCCAGUCUAUUACAAAGAGAGAGAAGAUGAUAAAGAAUUACUGGGUGUGGACAGUUCAGAAUAUUUUCACAAGUAUUCUGAAAAUUUACAAUCAGAUUUCUGGCAACAAGAAUUUAAAACAUACCAAGAAACAUUCGACUACAUAAACGAACAUUCAGGUCUAAACAUGAGCAACUUCUGGGAUACUUAUUUGCUCUAUUUCGGUCUUAAAACCGAAACCGAAUGCGGUUUGGAACUACCAAAAUGGUGGGAUAAAGUUUGGCCGGAGAAAAUCACAGAAAUGGCAAUAAGACAAUAUUCGAUUGCCUACACCAAGUCAGAAAUGAAAAAACUGUGUUGUGGCUUAUUUUUUAAUAAAAUCAUCGAAGACACCAUGAAGAAAAUUAAGGAACCUCGGGGAAAUGAAUUCGAGAAAAAAAUGUAUUUGUACAGUGUCCACGACAGUAACAUGGCUAUGUUGCUUUUUGCUUUAGGUGCCUUUGAUAAUUGUAUACCUAAGUACGGGUCUUAUAUUAGUUUUGAAGUUCAUAAAAUAAAUGACACUUUUGGAUUCAAGAUCUAUUAUCAGAAUUAUGAAAAACCAGAACCAGUUUCUGUUAUUUUACCUAAUUGUCAAGAGUUUUGUCCUUUAGAUGAUUUUGUUGCAUUUCUUAAGGACAUUUUACCGGAUAAAACGGAAAAUUAAAUAUAACAUUUAAUAAAUUG